AUGGCGUCUGCCGCCGAUCUCGAUGGCCUCGUUCUCCUUCGCCAAUCCAUCUCCUCUGGCGCGCCUUUCAUCCCGAGCGCAUCAGCUGACGCAUCCGCGACCGAAGUCCCUCUCUCACAGGCUACGAAUUUGCGCUUCCCCAACCAAAAUAUCACAGUCCCCAUCGAUGGCCCGACGCGCUUCGUGUCGCACGACAAGCCUGUCGACCUUCGCAGCAUCUACUUUGCCUGGCUGAAUCGCGAGGUCGCCAUUCCCGAAUACAACGCUUCGGCAACAAAGCUUAACGAUGAGCUGUCAGGUGCAGGCAGCUCUGGCAAGGUCCAGAACCUGGGUUUCAUUGAGCGUUUGGAUCUGAUUACCUGGCUCGAGGGUGCUAGUGAGGAGAGUGAGUAUAUCAAGCCGCUGGCCAAUGAUAAGGAUGCUGCAACUACCGACGCGGCGACAACGGCGAAGACGGGCGCCGUGAAUUCAGCUUCUCAGGCGCGAUCUGGCCGGGGUACCAUGGACCCCAGACUGGUGGGCAUUUACAAUGGUGAACGAAAGAUGGGUGAUCGCAACACGGUACUAAGGGGUGCCAAGCCCACGGACUUUUCUCAUGUUCGUAAACUUGCCGCACCAUUCAUUCAGAAGAAAUCUCAGUCCGGUUCCGCCAGCAUCCCCACCAACCCAUCACUCGCACUUAAUCAGAAGGUUCCCACAAGGCGACCAGAUCCCAUCAUUCUCCUAUCACCUUCGGCCUCUUCUUUGAUUCGCCUGUCGAAUGUGAGGUCCUUUCUCGAGGACGGCAAGUUUGUGCCCACUGACGCAAGCGGCAAUACAGCCACUAUGCUUCAUGUGCAGCGUCUUGUCCCAUCCAUUGACCCCAACCGGCCUAUGCGCUUUAUUCUAGUCGAGGGCUCUGAAGCAUUCAAGCCCGAGUACUGGAACCGAAUCGUGGCAGUCCUCACGACCGGACAGACUUGGCAGUUCAAGAACUACAAGUGGAGUGACCCUAACGAGCUCUUUAAACAUACAUUGGGCGUUUACGUUGGUUGGCGAGGUGAGACAGCCCCGGAUAACAUCCGCGGUUGGGGCCACCGAGUUCUAUCAACCGGUAUUGACCGCUGGCGCGGAGAGGGUCACGAUGCCUCGCGCUUCCGCGACAAGGAGAUUGUAGAGCAAAUUUGGCGAGCCAUUGAGGAAAACAUGCGAUACAGGGGUUGGAAGAAGGACAGAGCACCUUCUUCGAUAUAA